GCAGGAGAGGAGACUCCAUGGGUGGAACGUGGCGACGGGUCUUCCUGCCGCUGCCGGAUGCCGGCCGACGCGCGCGUGAGGGUCGAGGAAGGAAGCCCAAAAUAUCCCCACCGCCGGCCGUUUUCUCCGUCCGUCCCACCCGCCCGACCUAAUCCACCCCGGCGCCAGCCUCAGCCUGAGCCCAUCCUUCCGGCCUGGCCCAAGUCAACCCGCCCCUCAAAGCACGACAACCCCACACCGCCGGCACCGCACCGCCGCACCACCACCGACCCUAUACCAGAUCGCCUUUCUCCGCCUCCCCACCCUAGAUCCCCAAUUCCCUUCCUCACCGAUCCGAUCCGCCGCCAUGGACGACGACGACGCCUCCAUGUCGCCGUCCCUCUCGCCGGCCUCCUCCUCGCCGCUCCCCGUCGCCUCCGCGCUCCCCAUCUCCGACCCCGUCACCGUCGCCUCCGCGCCUCCCGGCGGCCUCAUGGCCCUGGCGCUCCCGAUCCAGAAGCACGGCUCCUACCCCAGCCACGGCGCCAGCACCACCACCGGCGGCGGCGGCCGAGAGGACGCCUGGAGCGAGGGCGCCACCUCCGCCCUCAUCGACGCCUGGGGGGAGCGCUUCGUCGCGCUCGGCCGCGGCAGCCUCCGCCACCCGCAGUGGCAGGAGGUCGCCGAGUCCGUCUCCGCCCGCGACAACUACUCCAAGGCGCCCAAGUCCGACGUCCAGUGCAAGAACCGCAUCGACACGCUCAAGAAGAAGUACAAGAUCGAGAGGGCCAAGCCCGUCUCCUCAUGGCACUUCUUCGACCGACUCCACGUCCUCCUCGCGCCCACAUACAACAACAACAACAACCACAAGCCCGCCGCCAACGGCCGCAACACCGUGCCCACGGCGCUGCGCGUCGGCUUCCCGCAGCGUAGCCGCACGCCGCUGAUGCCCGCCGCCGCGACCGCCAAGCGGAGGCCGCCGUCGCCGGAGAUGUCUUUGGCGUCAUCCGAGUCCUCCGACGGCUUCCCUCCGGAGCCCGUGCUCCCCGCGGCCAACGGGAAUAAGAGGAGGAGGACGGAGCCCGCGGACGCCGCCACCGAUGGCGACCGCGUGCAGGGCAUGCGGGACCUAGCGCAGGCCAUACGGCGUUUCGGCGAGGCCUACGAGCGGGUGGAGACGGCCAAGCUGGAGCAGACCGUCGAGAUGGAGCGCCAGCGCCUCGACUUCGCGCGCGAGCUCGAAUCGCAGCGGGUGCAGUUCUUCCUCAACACGCAGAUGGAGCUAUCGCAGGCCAAGAACCAUGCCCCUCCCGCUGCCCCGGCCGCUGCUAGGAGAAUGCCGUCCGCUCCGGGGGAUUCCUCCUCCAGAAGGAUGGCGCCGGUUCCAGAUUCCUCCUCCAGAAGAAUGUCAUCGUUUCCUGAUGCCAGGACGAGCAGCAAUCACCAUGGCCGGUACCGCACCAGCGAUGGUGGUAGCAGACACCACCAUCGUCCGGCCCCUCGCCCGCACUACCAGUACCAUGAGAACAAUGUGCCCGCCUCUGCAGCAGCCAGCGAUGGCGAGCAGAGCGAUGACGAGGACGAGGAGGAAGACGAUGACAAUGAAGAAGAGAGCCAGUGAUGAGACUGAAUAACAAACCGUUCCAUUGGUGAUUCAAAAGUUAGUAUUCAUAUAUUGUUAGUGUUGCAUUGCAACAACAUAGCUUAUAUUCAAAGCAAGCAGGAACUACUAUAUCUAGGCACUACUUAUUGGCAAUUGUUAAUCACAGUGAGCACUAGGAGUAUUAGUACUAGGUAGUUAUGAUAAGCUUCCUCAAUGUACCAUGUGUUAGCCACAUAAAAUUCAUGUUUCUUUAUCUAGUUAUAAGAACACCAUUUGAUUUGAUCCAGGUGAUUUCACUUCAA